AUGGAUUCAUAUCGAUUUUAAUCAGAGAGAGCUAGAGAACAAUCCACAGCAGGCAGCAGGCGGGCGGAGGAAGAAGAGGACGAGGACUGAUGUGAGCCUGGGAGGCAAACUUUCCUGGAGAUGAAGGAUGCCGCGGGAAUAACAAGAAGCGGAGGAAAAAGAAGAGAGGCGGCUUCCCGGGCGCGUCCGGCAGCGUUGCCGACCCUGCGUACCAGCGAGAUGUUUGAGGCCAGCUUCCGGAGUUAGUCGACCGCGGGGGGACGUGGAGGUGUUCGGGCGGGGAGGGGGUAAUGCUGUGAAACAUGAAGGUGGACGCGUUGACCUGUCUGACCGUGGCCGCCGCCGGCCUGGUCGCCAUGGCGACCGGCGGACGCAGCUCCGGGCGCCGGAGGCACAAGGAGGUCUUUCUCGGGGAAAACAGCAAAUUCAAGUUCGGAGGACGUAUCGACUACAAACUGAAGAAGCAGGACAGCACCAAAACGCUGCUGAUCAAAACUGAACAGCUGCUGAGGAUCGAGGAGCACGACUUCGCUAUGAGACCUGGUUUUGGAGGAGCGGCCAUCCCCGUGGGCAUCGAUGUGCAGGUGGAGAGCAUCGACAGCAUCUCCGAAGUCAACAUGGAUUUCACCAUGACCUUGUACUUGCGUCACUACUGGAAGGACGAGCGUCUGGCCUUCCAGUCGCGCAACAACCAGAGCAGGACCUUCGACUCGCGGCUGGUGAAGAAGAUCUGGGUGCCGGACGUCUUCUUUGCGCACUCCAAGCGCUCCUUCAUCCACGACACCACCAUGGAGAACAUCAUGCUGCGCGUGUACCCCGACGGGAACAUCCUCUACAGCGUCAGGGUCACCGUCACCUCUCUGUGCUCCAUGGACUUCAGCAGCUUCCCCUUGGACACGCAGAACUGCUCGCUGGAACUGGAGAGCUAUGCGUACAACGAGAACGACCUGAUGCUCUACUGGAAAAACGGCAACGACUCCUUGAGGACCGACGAGAUCCUCUUGUCUCAGUUCUUCAUCGAGCACUUCCAACCCUCCAGUGGCUUGGCUUUUUACAGCAGCACAGGUUGGUACAACCGUCUGUUCAUCAGCUUCAUCCUGCGGCGGCACAUCUUCUUCUUCAUGCUGCAGACGUACUUCCCCACCAUGCUCAUGGUGGUCCUGUCCUGGGUCUCCUUCUGGAUCGACCGCAGGGCCGUCCCGGCCCGCGUCUCUCUGGGUAUAACCACAGUACUCACCAUGUCCACCAUCAUCACUGGAGUGUCCUCCUCCAUGCCUCAGGUGUCGUACGUGAAGGCGGUGGACAUCUACCUGUGGACCAGCUUCCUGUUUGUCUUCCUGUCUGUAAUCGAGUACGCGGCGGUAAACUACUGCACCACCCUGGAGGAAAUGAGGAAGAUGAGGAGGGGGAAGCUCCCGUCCACCUUCGACGCCAGCCAGGCCAUGGCCUUCGACGGCUGCUUCCACGACAACGACAUGGAGCUGACGCCGUUCCCCCGCGUGGCCCCGGGGUUGACCUCCGACCCCUUGGCGGCGCCUUCGCCGCAGCUGGAACCCCGGCCGUCGGAAGGAACGCGUCUGCGCCGUCAGCGGUCGGUGCGCGAGAACGUGGACCUCCUGCUGAGCAACAGCUACAUGAUCGACUCGUACUCCCGACUGGCCUUCCCGCUGUCCUACCUCCUCUUCAACACCAUCUACUGGAGCCUUUACUCCUGAGAGGCAUGCAUGUAAUUACAUGCACUAUGACAGUGGGGAAAAAAAAAAAAUGUACUUAAAUAAUGUUUCAAUUAAAAUGUAUUCCACACAAAAAUUCAAUUACAAAAUGUACCAAUAUAAAUGUUUGAAAACAGACAGUUCUAAAAGAUCAAAUAGAAAUAUUGAACUUCAAAGUUAAAUACAGCUGAACUGUACAUCACAAAAUGUACUGUUCUGGAUUUUGAAAAAACGUUUAAGUCACUGUAACAUUUAUGCACCGUUUGAACAUUUAAUUCAGUGAUACUGUCAUGGACCACUAGUGGGAGCCAGUUUGCCACUACUUUGAGAACCACAGCACUAAGACAUUUGAAUAGUAUGGUAAACUCAUUUCUAUGUCCACAACUUCCUGUGAUGACAGCUUCUUCUUAUACUUUUUUUUUAAAUUACAUGUCAGUCAUAUUUAUACUUGAAUUUUCCGAGCUUCAAGUUGUCUUCAGUUGCAAGAAAACUCACUUGGUAGAUGUUGGAGUAAAGUGAGCAUUUUCAUUUUAUCCUAAACAACUGACAACAUAAUUCCCAAGUUCCAACUACAAAUAUUGUCACUUGGAGAAUUUAUUGGCAGAAAAUGAAAACUCAAAAUACUGAAAAGGGUCCAGGUUUUUUGGGGGGGGCGUCUCUUAAUUUUUUAUAGAGCUGUACAUGUAUAUGCAAUAUAUACUACUAUAACGUCUACUAUUGUGAUUUGUAUAAAUAUAAAUCACCUUCACAUUAAUUUAUAUUUGUAGAACUUGUGAAAUGAGUUAUCUUUAAGUUCUUAAUUCUCUUUUCAUCAAAAUACUGUUUGUAAAAAUAAGUUUUCACCAAAGUCAAAGGAUGCAAAUUGUUCACAGAAAUGUUAUGAAAAAUGGUGAAAGGUAUAUUAUUAAUAAUAAGAAUAAUAAUCUAAUGGUCUUUGAUCUACUUUGCGUCUGUAACGUAAAAGGAAGUUCCCCGUUUCCACAGCAACUCAAGACCUCUAUUGCGUAAAGUGCGCAGGCGCACCGAAACGCCUAACGUUAGCACGCUAACUAGCUAGUUUAAGCGGGAGAGCAGGUGGGCUAAAUUAUAAUUUAUUUGUUAUUAUUUACUCCAAAAUCCUGCAGGUUAGUCUGCUUCAGUUUGCUUAAAAUUAUUUUAGAAUAGUUUAACGAUAGUUUUAGUUUAGGUGCUGCUGACAUAACUUGCUAGCUAGCUAGCUAUAGCCGCUAUACGUUUUGAGGAUUUUUGACCUAUGAAAGACAGCAGUGUAAAAAAUGUUUAAAAAUGCUCUUUUUAAAAAAACCGUAACAUGCAUACUGAGCUGCAAAAAUAAUUUAAGGGUCAUUUAAAGUUGUACUCACUCACUUAGUUUAUAUUUGACAGUGGUUGGAAGUAACGAAGUAGAAAUACUUAGUUACUGUGCUUUUUCAGGUAUAUGUACUUGAGUAUUUACUUUUCUGACAAAUGUUUACUUUUACUCCCUAUUUGUCAACAGAUAUCUGUACAGUACUUUCUACUCUUGGCUUUGUCAAAAUAGUAAGUAGCCUACUUCGAAUUUUACCAGUCUUUUAUUUAAUUUUUUUUUUUAACACCAGCAUGUUUAUGUACGGAGGUGCUUGUUGCUAAUAUUAUGGUUAAAACGAAAACCCUCGAUUCCAUCUGAAAAGUGAAAAUUUAAAUAAUUUCAUUUCCCGUUACUUUGUUAAUUUGGACAAAACGAAACUGUUUAAAUGUUGUUGUUUUUUUGCAGUAUGGUUCUUAUUCAACUGCCAACCUAAACACAGCUUAGUGGACCUGAAACAUAUGUUGAAUCUGAAACAGAAUAAAAUUAUAGCCUCUACAUGAAAUGUAUAUGAUUGUCAUUACAUACGUCACAAGUACAAGGCAACG